AUGGCAACAUUAACAAGUAAACUACAAGAAAUUACAAAACGACUUCAGCAUUUAACUGUUUGGAGACCAAAUGAACGAGAUCCAUUUUUUGAACUCGAUCGUUGGCGUAUAGAUGCACAUACAAAUAUAGAACAGAUAUUUAAUAGAAAAAGACAACAAAUUGAACAACUUAUUGAAAAACAUGAACGAGAAUUUAUGCGACAAUUAACAAGACAACAUUCAUUACUAAAUAAUAUUCGUAAAAGAUUGAUACCACAAAAAGAAAACAUUAUACGAAAUAAUACACAAAAUGAUAUUUCAAUAUUAGCUGAUUUAAAAAAAAUAGAAAAUGAUAUUGAUACAAGAUUAGGUCGAGGUGAAGUAGUUAUAGAAACAGUUUCUGUAAAUUUCGAAGAUUCAGUCAUGAUUAGUCUUAAAACUUAUCUUUCCACAACAUCUUCAAUAUAUUUAAAAGAGACAUCGACAAUAAAUCAACCAAAAAAACCAAAACAUCGAUCAUCUAAUGAAGUAUCAGCUGCAUUUAAUAAAUGGUUGGAAGUCAAGCAAACAGAGGAAACUAAUGCUCGAAAGGAAUUCGAGAACGUCAAAGAACAAAAACAUGAAGAAUAUCGAUCAGCUAGAAUAAAACAGAGACAACGAACACAUGAGCAAUGGUUGCAUGAUAAAAAUACCGAAGCUGGAUUGAUGAAAAAAAACUUAAAUAUAAGUGAUAGUGGCGUUAAACAAAAGACAAGUGAAACAUAA